UAUAUUGCGGUAUAUUUCUGAGGGUCAGACGGUAUAUUUUAUCGAUAAGCCCGCGGUCACACUGCUGUAUAUACAAAAUUCAUUGAUUUUGUCAACGUAAAAAAAACAUCGCAUAGCAGCACAGCAGCAAAAUAUUAAAGUAAAGUUAACUGAAUUAGAAACGCUGGUGGGGCAAGUGCAUGGUAGCAGCAAUGAAAUCGAUGUGAACAAACUGUGCCUCGAGUAGUUGCACUGCCAAUCAGAACUCUGCUCCCAAUCAGAGGAAAAGAGAGAGAGAAGCGCGAGAGAAAAAGGCAUACGGGUGCAAAAGGAAAAGCAAGAGGCAGAAAAAAAGUACAGAGCAAUAGCAAAAGCAGGGGAAAAUGCAAUAGGGAGAAAAUCAAAUAAAAUGACAAUCGUUUUUCCACACUAACGUAGACGCAAAAGGCGCCGCGGCCGGCCGUAAAAUGCCAAGAAACACUUGCGGGCCAAGUGGAUGCGUAGCUAACGGUAACGGCAACGACAACGAUGAAAACAAUGGUAACGGUAACGGUAACCAGGACGACAACCAGGAUGCGAGCAACGAGUGCGGGGGUGUCGGCAUCGUCAAACAGGAGUUCGAGGCAGCGCCACCUGUCUGCCACAGGAAGUCGGAGCGCCGAAGAGUAGCCCGCGAUAUCUUCCUGGUCUUUGAGGAGCAGCCGACCCGACGUCGUGGCAAGGGAGCGCGCGGCAAGAACUCGCGGGCCAAGCGAAAGUUUGGCCACCUCAAGGUAGCCAACACCCCGCGCAUCAACAAGAACCUAUUGCGUGAGAUCAAAACAGAACCAAAGUGCAGCAGCAGCUCCGUUGUGGCAGAGCCAGUGGCACUGGUGCCACCUGCGGCGCCAUCUGCAGUGAAGUCAGCGCCGCCUUUUUCUCAGCAGCCCAAGCAGCCAGCAGCCAAGGAGCCAGCCAAGCCACUGCCGCUCUCCCGAGUGGCAGCAGUGAAAAUUGAAACCAAAACAGCACCAGCAUCAAAUGCAGCACCAUCUAGAGCCCGAACAGAGCCGGCUCCGCCUACGGAGCGGAAGGAGGAGGCGCAUCAUCAUUCAGCAUCAUCAUUGCCGCCAGCAUCUGGCCAUCGUCCUGUUUAUGCUCGAACCCCUGCUCCUGCAGCAGCUCCCGCUCCAGCUACGACUCCCGCUACUGUUUCUACUAAUCUUCCCACUCCCCCCACGACGCCCAGCGUCAAUCCCAUUUUCCUGUGGGUCAAGCAGGACGACACCAGAAUCGUUGAGGUGCGCUGCGAGGACUACGACAAGAGGAAUCGGAUCCGCCUCACCAAGACCACAAAUGGCUGGCGAUCCAUGCCGCGCACAGAUGCCUCCUCCACUAGGAUAGUCAAAUUCUUCCACGGCUCUGCCGCACCCUUGAUGAAGGUCAAACGUGAACAGCAACAUGAGCAGCAUCUCGAAAAUGAGCUGGUGCACGAACAGGAACAUGAACAGGCGGAGCAAGAGCCAGAGCCAGAACUUGUGGAGGAGCAGCAGCAGCAGCAGAUGCAGAUGCAGAUCCCCAAUGUAGCUCAGAGUCUCCUGCACGACUGGGAGGACAGUGGUGCCACUCAGCUGCCAGAUGAGUUGGACGACGAUGAACGGGAGGAGCUGGAGCAAGAGGAGGAGGUGCAGGACGACCAGGAGCAGCAUGACAAUCUGGCUGCGGUGAUUGAGAAUGUUGUGGUCCGACCAGCUGCCCAACAGCCGCAACCGCCAGCGACGCCCACGUCCACGCCCACUGACUGCUUUGAUGGUCUGCUACUCGAUGGCGAGGACACAAAUGCCUCCACCAAGGCAACCAAGACCAACACGCCCACAUAUCAGAGUUCCACGCCCUCGCCCAUGGAACUGCAGCUGUGCCCCAAAACGGGGCUGUUCCUGCCCCAAGGGCAACUGGCGGCCGCGGCCGCGGCCAUGGCCAUGACCUCAGCAACAGCGGCGUCGAGCGAGGCCGACAAGUCCUUGGCCGAGAACGGAGGAGCCGAUACCGUCGAGAGUCUCGAUUGCAAUACAAAGAAUCUGAAAGAUCUCCUGGACGAUGCCGAUGAUCUGCUACAGAACUGCAGCAGCGACAAUGGCAGCAGCGGGGCCGAUCUGCUUGACUCCCUGGUGAAGAGGAGCUGCGAGGACAACCUGGUUCAGGCGAGUGGUCCAGCCAAUGGUGCCUCAACAUCCGUGGAAGGCGACGUCACGGCGGCCGACGACGGUUUGGGCUCGUUCUGCGUGGCCGAUCUGGGCAAGGACCUGCCCAGCAUCCUACACAUGAACAACGACGAUGAUGAUGCACCCAAGUGCCUGUCGUUCAACGAGGCCGGGGAGAUCGAGGGACUGAACGGAGAACUCUUCCUUGGGAUUGCAGCCUUCGAGAAACAGCAGGAGGAGAUGGCACGCACGGAGCAGCCGCAACCGGCAACGCCUGCCACCGUGGAGCUGACACAGACGCCCACACCCACUCCCACACCGACGCCGACGCCACCGAUGCCGGAGAUGGAAAAACAAACAGCGGCCGCCGCCUCUGCCGAUGAGGCGCCCAAGGAUCUGAGCUACAAGAAGCGCGAGGAGGUGUGUCCGCCAUCGGAGUCGCGCAGUCAGUGCGCGGUGACCUCCAGCUCGGAUAUACUCAAGUCGCCCGAGCGGGAGCUGCAGCUGCCAGUCAACUCCAUCCCAGCGGAGGUGGAGACCACCUCGGAGACGAUAAAAAAUCUCAUUCUAGAGCAAUUCCUCAAGCUGAACGGCAACCAGCAACAGGCACAGCAGGCGGAGCCGAUGGAUCUGGGGAAGGCGGGUCGAGAAGGCAAGCUGGAGACAGUCGUCAUCCACGACGACGACGAGGAGGAUGGGGAGUCUAACCAGCCGCUGAAGAAGCGACCCAAGGCUAGCAUAAAGAUGGACAAGGACCCAGACGCCCUCACCCAGUUGAAGAUGCUGAUCAGCAAUCCGCAGUGGAAGGUGCCCGAUCCGAUACUCGUGCCAAAGGAUCGACUGGGAGCCGUGCUGGCCUCCCCGGCCCGAGAGAUUCCCCUGCUGCUGACCACCCGGCCAGAGCUGCGGCUGCCGGAGGCGUUUGCCUAUCCGGAGAUUAUCCAGAACCCCAACAUCCUGGUUGUAACCAUGGAGCAGCUGGAGGCUAUAUUGAAAACCGAGGCGGAACAGGCCAAGGCCGCCCAGGGUCCCAAUCCAGUGCAGAUGAUCGCAGAGCAUCAUCCUCCGUUGAGCAAGGCCAGGAGUCCAAGUCCGAGUCCAAGCCCCAAGCACACGCAGCCACACAAAGCACAGGCACAGGGACCUUUGCAUCAGCCGCAGCCUAAGCCACCGGUGGUGGCCGCUCCUGUAGCACCUACUCCUCCCUCAUCUGCUGACUCUAGCCUUUCGACGUCCACAUCUACGGACCUGAAUGCCACCACCUUGGCCUUGCUUCAGCAGAUGCUGUGGCUUCCCUACUUCGGCCAGCUGUCUCAGGAGCUUUUCAAGACGAUCAAGGAUCCCCUGGCCAUGCAGCGAAAGUUCAUGAGCAACCUGCUUCCGCUUUACAACAGCCAGUUUGGACUGCAGCACCUUGACGAGCUCUACAAGCACUGUCUCAAACAGAAGGCAGUGGGGGAGCAGCCGACUGUGUCUACUCCAGCGACGGCGCCCAAUCCCCCGCACCCGCCUGUAGCUGUAGCCCCGCCGGUUCCCCCCGCAGCUGCAGCCGCGAAUGCUUUUGGGGUCAAUGGGUUUGCCAACCCUAUGGAGCUGGCCAUCAUGCAGAAGUUGCUGCAUCCGCAGAUGCCAAAUUUUCUCAACUGGGAGGCAGCUAAAGAAGCGUCUGUGUCUGGCUCUGGCUCGGCCUCAUCUUCUUCGCACCACCAUCAUCACCAGGAGCACAAGCGGCCCCGGCGGGAGCCCGAGUCCAAGCCAAGUGCAGCUGCUGCCGCUCCUCCUGCCGCUGUGCCUGCUCCAGCAGUGCCUUCUCCAGCCCCUGCUCCUGCAUCGGCUCCGGCUCCGGCGGAACACAAGCCACGACUGACGUGCAAAUCCCUUUCGAAUCUGCUGGAGCCUGAGCCCAUUGCACCGCUGCUCAAUGUACCCUUCGACACCCUGCGUCGCACAACAGUAGCAGGGCAUGGUCCCAAAACGGGGCCGGAGCAGCAACAGCAGCAGGCCAAGGAGGCGAGCACUGGACGCUUGCUGCGCUCCAGCAAGGCCUGCGUUACUUACAAUCCCCUGGAGCAGGCCAAGCAGCAGAUUCAGCAGCAGCAGCAGCACUCGCAGCAGCAGCGGAAGCGUGCGACGAGUAGCAUGGUCGCCCAGGAUGCCCACCAGCAACACCAGCAACAGCAGCAGCAGCAGCAACUAGCUGAGGCUGCCGCAGCGGCUGCCAGUGGGGGGGGAAUGGAUGCCAACUCGGCGCUUUGGCAUCCACUAUUCGGAAGCAAUCCAAAACAGGGCUACAACAGCCCCUGGCAGUGGACUACAGUGACGGCUACCGGCGAAUGACAGUCAAGCCGGGCUCCCAAGGAGCCAGCACCUGCAUCGGUCGCACGGACAGCCAGCUACGAAGAGCAACAGCCGGACUACAGCAACUACCAUGCGAAGCUGCAGCAGCAACAGCAGCAACAUCAACAUCCACCAGCCAAUAAUCAAAACCACAGCAACAGCAACAAUAGUAGCAACAAAUUUUGUUAUCCCACGGCAUCGGCGGCGGCCAUGGAGAAUAUUUUCCAGAACAAUCAGAUGGCGGCAGCCGCCGCCGCCCGCGAGUCCCUGCUCAAUUCGUAUCUCUAUCAGAAGGAGAGCGGCGCAGAGGCAGCCGCCAACUACAUGUCUGAGCAAGGCUACUGGCAGCAGCAUGCGCAACAGCAACAGCAGCAACAGCACGUGCAACAGCAUCAGCAGCAACUUCAACAACAGAAGCAGCAUCUUCUCCACCAGCAGCAACAGCAGCAGCAACAGCAACAACAAUGGACCAGCAAUGGCAGCAGCAGCAACAGCCAGCGGAGCAAUAGCUAUGCCAACAAUUAUGCGGCGGCGGCAGCGGCUUCUAUGUACAUGCAGCACUUCAAUCCGUACAUGCAGCAAAAGGCGGCACUGCUGGCGGAGAAAGCUGCCCAGGCGUCGGCUGCAGCAGCAGCAGCAGCAUCGGUGGCACAGGGCGGCAACGGCAGCAAUAAGCACGGACGGUUUGGCGGGGACUACGGUUAGACGGCUUUAUACGGACAGAUGGAGCCUACAUACAUAGGUUCUCGAUCGGAACUCUUGCAUAUUACACAUAAAUAUAUAGGCAGAUUCUAUAUACAUUAACUAUAUAUAUAGAGAAGGCAGUACCGCCAGGAAUUGCUAAAGGAUAAAACCAUGAUAUGAUGAUUUUUCCUUUAAUUUCAUACACAGGAACAUGCAACAGCAACAACAACAGAAACAAGGUAACCGGAAAGCAACAACAAUAAUUUAUAACAGAACACAAAAAAAGGCAGACAAAUGCAACAAAACAAAAAAACUUAAAUUGAAUUAGUAAAAAUUUGUUAUUGGUAGUUUGUUAAAAAAGAGAAGAGAAAAAAUGGAUAAAAAAAAUCAACAUAAAAACUAAAAAAAAAAAAUAUUGUAGUAGAGAGAGACAAAAGCAGAAGAAAAUUGAAAAAAAAAACCUAAUUAUUGUAUUAUUGUUAACCAAAAUCUAUUAUUAUUAUUAUCUCAAGCUGCGUUAUAUUAUUAUUAUUAUUAUUAUGAACUCGUGUAUGGUCUGUACAUAGCGUUUUUAUCUAGAUGUAUUACACUUAGGGGAGUCUCCGUCCCCGUCCCCAUCCCCAUCCCCACCCCUUAACCCAAUCCCAAUCCCCAACGUUAUAUCCAAUAUCCUGUCCCAUCGCAGCGCUAAAAGGCAAAACAGCAAUUUUUGUAUUCAUUCCGAAAUGUUCUACUACUUCUAUUACUUUUUUUUUUUUCUUGUGUUUAUACUAGUUAUUAUUAUGCUUAUUAUUUAUGAAACAACGAUGGAAUGGAAUGGAAUGGAAAAAUCAACCCAAAAAUGUGCAAUCUAACAUUUAUGUUUUUAGGCGAAAAACGGAAAACAAUACAAUACAAACCAAACGCAUAAAUCACGAAAAUUAUUAAUGAGAGAACAAGCUGAGAAAAAAGCAUGAGAAAUGAGAGAAAUGCGGAAAAUAAAGAGAACCCUUUUAGAGAAUUUCGCUGAUAAAGGCAACAGAAUAGCAAAAAAUAAAUAAA